GCACCACCCGCCCGCCCAGUGUCCCCGGGAAGAAGAGAGGACGGCUGUUUCGGUAGAAAAGAACAGGGAAAUGAAGUUGGACAGGCUAGCCCGAGUCUCUCUUGAACUAGACGACUUGUAAAUUCGGUGACAGCUGUAGUAGAAAAGACGUUUACACCGCUAUGAUAGUCGUCAGUUAGUAAAUGUUGGGCAGCCACAGGUCUACGAUAACGUUACUUACUUUGUAGAGUAGCGGCACAGGGUGAUAAAGAAAGUGGAGACAACUUGCUAUCCUGCUAACUAACCUCAACCACCGGACGUCUGUUGGUUUCUGAGCGUCAUUUCCCUCGGAAAUUUAACGUGGACCGUCAGUCAUGCCUUUUCCUUUCGGGAAGUCUCAGAAGAAUCCAGCUGAAAUUGUGAGGAGUUUGAAAGAGAAUGUCGCAUACAUGGAAAAGCUGGAUUCUGGAGAGAGUAAAAAGUGUGAAAAGGUUGCAGAGGAGGUGUCCAAAAGUCUUGCCUCUUUAAAGGAAGUGCUUUGUGGAACAGGUGACAAGGAACCUCAAACCGAAGCUGUGGCUCAGCUUGCACAAGAGCUUUACAACACCAACCUUCUCAUUGCACUCAUUGCAAACCUGCAGAAGAUUGAUUUUGAGGGUAAAAAGGAUGUGGUUCAUUUGUUCAGCAACAUUGUGAGGCGUCAGAUUGGCACUCGCACCCCCACAGUCGAAUACAUUUCUACACACCCAGAGAUCCUCUUCAUGCUUCUGAAAGGAUACGAGAGUGCAGAGGUGGCUCUGAACUGCGGUAUGAUGCUGAGGGAGUGUCUGCGUCACGAGCCUCUGGCCAGAACCGUGCUCUUCUCUGAAGAGUUCUUCUGCUUCUUCCGUUAUGUGGAGCUGUCGACCUUCGACAUCGCCUCUGAUGCCUUUGCCUCGUUUAAGGAUCUUCUGACUAGACAUAAGAUUAUGUGUGCGGAUUUCCUGGAGAACAAUUAUGACAGGGUGUUCACGGAGUACGAAAAGCUUCUGCAUUCAGACAACUACGUAACCAAACGGCAGUCUUUGAAGCUGCUCGGGGAGCUUCUGCUGGACAGAUACAACUUCACUGUCAUGACAAAGUACAUCAGCCGGGCAGAGAACCUGAAACUGAUGAUGAACCUGCUGAGGGACAACAGCCGCAACAUCCAGUUUGAAGCCUUUCACGUCUUCAAGGUUUUCGUUGCAAAUCCCCACAAGACUCAGCCUGUGCUCGACAUCCUGCUGAAGAACCAGACCAAGCUGGUGGACUUCCUGAGCCACUUCCAGACAGACCGAUCCGAGGACGAGCAGUUCUGCGAUGAGAAGAACUAUCUGGUCAAGCAGAUCCGAGAACUGAAACGACCCACGACGACCGAGGAAGCUUAAGGCAGCGUGAAUGUGGUGUUGAGGUGAUGGUCCGAGCUGAGCGAGUCUCAAAACAACACGUUUUAAUCCUUUUAAAUAAAAGUUCAUUUACUUUCUGAUGUCAAGUGGAUUUAGAGGUGAUGGGCCCGAGUGGGUCAGGAACUGUUACACGUGUCGGAGUGCUUAUUUAGUGAGAAUAAAAACGCCUUUGCUCCGUUCCUGUCCCGAUGGACCUUAAACUGUUCGCUUUCACCUACACGUUGCUGGUAAAAUGUGUAGAUUAGGAGAAGUUACCAGGAACAAAAACUCUGUGAUGAUCUCAACUUUUCAAGAAUUUAAUCUAAAUUUUAGAUGCAGAAAAGACAAAAUAUAUUAUUUUUCUAAUGUAUUUUCCGCACUCUAAAUGCUUAAGUUAGCUUUAUUAUUUGCAUUAUUGUAAGUGUGUGUGUGUGUGUGUGUGUGUGUGUGUGUGUGUGUGUGUGUGUGCGUGCAUGGGCUUAUAUGAGCUUUAUAAGUAAGUCCUUGGCAGGGUGACAUGGGGUUGUCUGAUUGGCCAGGUCAGCACAUUAGUGGUGAAUGUUGCUUUGGUUGUGUGUGUGCAUGCAUGCGUGUGCACGUGUGCACUGCAGAGGUCAGAUGUGACCCUGCAGUGCUGUACUUGCCAAUGUAUUAGCUGUCCCAGGAAGUGUAAAUCAAAACCAUUGAGGAAUCGAUGAGCUCUGUUGUGACCGUUGGGCCGCGCUCGGCGACACUUGCACGUCUGGAAUAGAAACAGAGAAUGGGAUAACGCUGCAGGGUCCCACGUGCACAGCCAGACGAUUGAUCUGGCACCAAACACUCCAUUUCUCUUUCACAAACUGAAUAAACUUCUAGUAAUUUAACAAAAGCAUCCGCUCUGGUAAGAUGACAAACAGCAAUGCUGCGUAGUCGCAGUGGAGCGACACGGUGUUGAAGACCUCUAGUAGUGUGUUUAAUCAGCACCGUUCUCAUUUCCGCUACACUGGUCAAAUACUUGGGUUGUUCCGUCUUUUCCGAUUCGUUAUAAAUCUCCCGUCGUGUCUCAAUAUGGAUGGGUCAAACGUCACAGCACUGGCCUGACUAGAGAGAUGGGGACAGUGAAACACUUGAACCUGGUAGAGUUGGCGUUUGUCUGGAUGGUGAGUGCUGGAUCUGCUGACUUGUUUCAGUCUACUCAUUUCAAACAUUUGCUCUAGUUGCUGUCAGUGUCAGAAUGAGGGAUUUCACCAUGUCUUCAGCACGUAGUCUUGAAGUGUAUACCUCAUGGGAGAUUGCAGAUGCUCUCCUCUUGCCUAGAGGAUAUAUUUUACCGUGUUUUUAGGGCAGCAGGACGACGAUGUGUGUUCAGACUUGACUGCAGCGUCAUCUUCCAUACUGAAAACCCAGAUUUCUUUAGACUUAAACAUUUCCUCGGUUGCAGCAACUUGUGUGUUAAUUCAUAGUGAAUUGCAGCAUGGCACCUUGUAAUUACUGUUGCCUUAUUUAAAGAUGCCUAAUCCAUAGUGAUGAUCUGUUAAAUCCUAGAACUCUUAAAUUGUUGAUAAGCCAAAGGCCAGAUGUUGUUUUAUGAAAUGAGCAAUAAUUAGAAAAGAUAUUUGUUGUUGGGAUUGUUUACGAAAAUAAAAUUUCAGGGCCUUUUUGAUUCUAUGCAAUUUUUAUAAAACCUCACUAAUUUUACAAUAACUAACAUCCCCACAGGCUUCGGCUUCUUAAACUGAGUAAAUGAUCAUAAAAAAUAUUCAAGCCUGACAGUAGUGUGAUGAUUGUUUAUAUUCCCAACACGUGUCCUGUAUUUGUGUAAAUAUGUGCACCAACGUCCUAACAUGCACUGGGAGGGAUGUGUUGUUCACAGCCUGCCCAACAGAGGGCGCUGUUGGCCACAGCCUGCACCUUGUAUUAGUUGUAUAAAUGAAAACAUUUCUAUAUAACCCUACCUCCUGUUGGGCGGUUAUACAAUACUCGUCAGUAGUCGUGUUUCUUUUAUUUUGCUUGAAAAAUCUUAAAGGUGUGCAGUGAUGAACUGGUACAAAAAUGAUUGGAAUAAAUUCAAAUGAGCCUUAAAAAAACAACAUUUUGUCAUUUCUCUGGUCAUAUUUCUUGUAACAUCGUUAAAGCUUGUAGUUCUCCAGGCUUUCUGAGACAUUUCUCUGAUUCAUUGACUGGGCAACUAAUUCAUGACUGAUAUUGUUCCUUUUUGUGUGGUAUCGUAUGGUGAAUACAUGAAAUGCCGUUCUGUGUUCCCAGUUCCUAAAAAUUUGAUCAAGAUCCUCAGUAUAUCUGAAAUUAAGCUCCAAACCAUGACACAGCCUCUACUGUGCUUUUGGAUGGGCUGUAAUCUCUUUUCCCUGACCUCCACUGUACUUAUUAACUGCUAUUUGAACAAAAAGAUUACAUUUUAAAUAAUCAUCCCAUAUAUCCUGUUGCCAUACAUUUGUAACCUAGUUUUUGUCAUGUUGACAACUUGGUCUUUAGUUUCCUUGAUUUAAAAAGUGGCUGCUUCCAACAGAACAGAACAGGACUCGGCUCUGAGGAUUUUUGUUUUGGUAUGAUUUCUUUGUUUGUUUGUUUUUUCCACAUCAUCUUUAGAGCAUUUUACCCCUGAAGGACACCGUAGACCAUGUUGAGAUAAAUCAUGUUGGAACAAACACUGAUUGACCUUUGACCAGUUUUAGAGAUCCAGCUAAAGAAAUGGGAUCAAAUGUUGGGAUUUUGCUGCAGGAUACUCGGAACAAGGUGUCCAAGGACAGGGUUGUACGAGACCGGUAUCGUCACUCGUGCUGACCCAACACAGGUUCAUCUUUUACGUUGAGCGUCUUCAGUUCUUAAAGGGUUGUAGAUCGGCAUUGAGGGCUUAACUAAAGCGAAUAAACUAAAAGCCCUCUAAGUAUGAGGAUAAACCAAAAACAAAUGACUAAUUUUCUAAGAAAAAGCCUUUUUAGAAAGUCUGGAGAACUAUAUGAAUGAAAACCAUGUGAAAAAGUACAAAACUAGCUGGUUUAUUGAAGGCAAAAUAAAAAAGGGAUGAGAUAAAUCCAGAUUUUUGCACAGUUCUGUGAAUCACUGACUAUAUUAUGUAGACAUCAGGUUAAAAUCCUAAUGGUCAAUGCUAUAAAAUUAUUAUAAGGUUUGUGCUUUACUCUUAUUUUUUACUUUGAUGCCUUUUCUUUUUUUCCUUUCUCUUUCCGCACUGAAUGUUUUAUUUCCCCUGGGAGCAAAUUAUGUGUACAUAACAUUGAAAAAUGAAAGCAUUCAUAAAAUAAAGUGUUAUUGCAGUUA